CCCCCCGCCCGUCUCUGCUCUUCGUGUGCAUCUCGGCUCUUUUUGCUCUAAAUCACAAGGAACGAAAUCCUUAAUUUCAAACCUUAGAAAAUCGUAGCCCCAAAUCGGGGAACCGGGGAUUUCUAUCUACCAGCAGCUUUCAAGGGAACUUGACAACGACGACUUAGCCUAGCAAGAGGAGGACAAGCCACAAUUGCGCGGUUCGUCGAGACCUGGUUCGACGCGAAGACCCAAUUCACCUAUACCCAAUUGUGACUCGACUCGGCCUUGAGAUUCUGCACCAAACCCGACAUUCAGGUAUGAUUUCUUUUGGACUCUGCCACUUUGCAAUGCAGUUUGUUUCAGCUUUUGUAUACACAAGUAGAGCCUGAGAUUAGUAGUUUCAUUUGUGCGAAAAUCAAUCACGAAUGAGGCUGCUUUAAUAUAUUGAGCUUCUGUUAUUUUAUAUUGUUAUACUUUGCAUUCAUAUAGAAUCACUAUCCACCUAAUAUUCAACCCCUUCGAUAAAAUGCCUAAGUGACAUACGAAUGUAUGUCUGUGAAAGAGUGAGUUUUACAGUAAUAUCAUUCGAUUUUAACCAUCCAAGAGCUAUUGGAACAUCAAUUUGAAUAGAACUUAUCGAAACAAUAUGUCAUAGCUUGUGGGUCACCAAGAAUAUAAACAAUCAAUCAAGUUGUUGUUUAUGGAUUUGUUUUUGUUAUGCAUUGUCAUUACCUUUUUGAUUCUAUGUUCUGUAUUGCCAUCAAGAUGAGUGUAAAUAGAUACAUGUAGUUCAAGUCAACGAAGUUUCAGAUAAUUAGAGGCUAAUCUACUUAUCUAUGUUACAUUUUCUUCUCAUAGCUUUAAAUUUUUAUUGUAACUGCUUCCCAAAUCUGUUGGUUACUGGGUUUGUAGCAGCUGGUGGUUCAAGUUUUGUUCGCAUGCUGAAGCAUUAAAAUAUUUAUAUUGCUUGAUUUACCUGCAUUGCUGGGGAUACGAUCUCAAGAAGUGUGGGGAAUGUUUUGUUUUGUUAAGUAGUAGAACCAAUGCAAGAAUAGAGCAAGCACACUUUAUUGGAUAGCAUCUUCAUCUUGACCUUCAUUAGUGGCAACGUUUUCCAGAGUUGCUUCUUGCAAAAUUGAAUUGAAUUUUCACAUACUAUUAACUAAUUUUGCAUGUAUCUGUUCACCUAUUCAUCAUGUUUGUAUAUUGCCUUGAUUAUUGAAAGAGGUACUUCAAAUUGUAAGUGGGAAGCUAUAUGGAUUGAAUCUGUAAGAGGUUUCUAAAGAUAGCUGAAUCACAGCAUCAGGAAAUCAGGUCAAGCUCAAAGAGAUAUUUCUUUUAUUCUUCCACACUUUGACAAUAUGGGCCACUUUAGACAGAUUCGCACGAGAUCUUUAAAAUGUCAUCCUCAUUAGGCUUUGGUACCAAAGGUUUCCUUGAUCUAUUAAGGCUUUGCAUCUCUCGAAUCAAAGAGAGUUCCAAUGAACACAACUCUGAGGAGGCUCUGGCUGAUAUGAACCAUUGUCAUUGGUCUCAGCUACAUCAAGAAGAAGAUGGUUUCACACAAGAAGUUCCAGAUGCAUCAGAAUUGAUGGAAAGUGGUGAAUUGGAUGAGGUUGGAAGACCAGGGCCCUCAUUACUACAACAAUCCAGGCUUCCAAUUCAUAAACCUUGUGUGUCAUUCAAGGAGCAUCAACCCAAAAGCCCUGUAAACAGAGUUGAUGAAAAAACAAGAAGAGAGUGCAAAAAGCCCAUUGUAAGGAGUUCCUACUUUAAGCAUCAGUUUUGGAAUGAAACUGAUAGAGACAGGGAGAGAGAAACUACCCCGGUUGGAAGUGACCCAACGAGUGUAGGUGAGACCGUAUGUGUGAAAGGAAUGAUCAUAAAAAAGAAGACCUAUGCCGAUGACACGGUCGAAAAUGUAGGUGUAAACAGCAUUGAGGAAAAAACAAGAAGAUAAAACAGAGAGGUUAUUGUAAGGAGCUGUUAUUUCAAGCAUCAUGCGGAGGAAACUAAUAGAGAUGAUGGAAAGGAAAAUAUCCUGGUUAAAGGUGAUCAUCCAAUCAGUCUAGGUGAGACUGACUUUAUGAAGCAAGUGAUCAUGAAGGGGAAAGCCUCCCUUGAUGACAUGUCGGAGAAAGGUGUAAACAGAAAUGAGGACAAAGCAAGAAGAGAGAACAGGAAGUUUAUUAUAAGGAGUUCCUAUUUUAAGCAUCAGUCUGCAAAUAAUACUGACAAAGAUGACGAAAAGGAAAACAUCCCUGUUGAAAGUGAUCAUCCCAUCAGUCUAGGCGAGACUGGCUUUCUGGAAGGAAGGAUCAUCAAGAGGAAAGCCUCCCUUGAUGGCACAGCGGAAAAAGAGAGCUCAAAACAAAAGCGUAUGCAUGUGGAUGAUUCUCUUGUCAAUGAUGGUAGCUGUGCCCCUGGAUUAGACAAGUCAUUCACUGGUUCUGAAGGAAAAUUUGGAGCCGACAUCUCCCGUUUAGGCCGCUAUUCUGACAUAGCAGAAAGUUCAUUAGAGGGAUUCAUCUCGGUAAUAUUGUCAUUUAGAUUCACUGCUUCUGGUUCUCGUGCCAGUGGUCUCCCUGCUCCUUUGAAGGAUGUGCACAAUGCAUGUACGAAUAGGUCAACUACUGCCCCAGAUUUCAGUCAAUUUGCAUACGUAGCCAAGAACAGGAAGCCCGUGAUUCCAACCCGCAGGAGUUGAUUGUGUGCAGUAUAUUUCAAUGUAGAUCGAUGCAUCUGCUGAACUCCUAGUCAAAACAAUGGUUGCCACCGCUAUGUUUCCCAGGCAUGGCCAAUUAAAGUGAACAUUUGCUUGUGUUUUAUGAUAAUGUGGGAACAGUACUUGUUCUGAUCCUUUGCCAUCCAACUGUUAUGAGCAAGGUCGAUCCAGUAACAUGUUCUGCACAAGUCGAAAUCAUCAAUGAUGUUGCUAUCCCUGCGACUCAUGUCCAUCAUCUUUGAUGCUGUUGAUCAAGAUGUCACUCCCUCAUUUCAAGGUGGUGGAGGGGCCACAUCAAGGUUGAUUUUUUGUUUUUUCCUGAUAUGUUGGUUGAUUGAUUUUGGGGGAAGGAGAUCCAUUUCAUCAGGUCGAACUAGCAUGCUAAAAUUGCUAGAGACCUCUUGUUUAUAUUUUUGAUUUCUGGAUCACUUUGAUUGGAAUUAUCUUUGGAUUUCAUUCCGGAAAGGCUCAAAUACAGAGUUCUGAUGGACUGGGUUACAUGAUCAGUUUUGCUUUCCCGGUUGCAGGGGCAAUGUGGGAUUCACAAUCACAUAGUAUUAUGUAAUGCAAUUUUUGCAGGGAAUUGUUUUGUGGAAUGUGUAAAUGAUCCAGACGACAAGAAUUUGCUAUUCAUUCUCUUUUCCAAUUCA